CCAGCGGGAGAGAAUCGGGGUCCCGAUCCCGCAGCCGCGGCGGAGCCGUGGGGAGGUUCGGUGGGUAAAAGCCUGCGCUGAGGCUCCUGCCGAGCUGCCCCGCGAUGGAAGCUGCGCUGCGGGAGCGGCUGAGCGCGGCCGGGACCCACCGAGAUAUUCAGGCUUUGAAGAAUGCUUACGAGUUGAUCAAAUCAGCCAGUGAAGGAAAAUCUGCACUUGACUCAUCAGAUACCUUCAGCACUGACUUGUACGUCUUAUGUGCUGAACAAGCAUUUCAGCUGGGAUAUCUGGAAAUGAGCAGUGACUGCCUACAGAUGUAUUUUAAAGGAAGAUAUCCUGUGAACCAUUUUCUUGGCAGAGCGUAUUUAUGCCAAGGCCAGUUGCAUACUCCACUCUCUACAGAUAAUCUGGAAGAGUUUGAAAAGUUUGUGCUGUUUUUUAUGAAGGCAAUAGAUUUUGCCACCCAUGAUCGAAGAUACUAUUUUUUGACAUAUAAUGCCUCAGUUCUUUAUUGGCAACUUGUGAGGCCGUAUCUUAAGCCUGGAUUCCGCUGUUGUCUUAUUCCCAGCCUUUCUCAGAUUGUUAAAGCAUUAAACCAAACUGAAGAGCAAGACAGUGAAUGGAGAGCAGAACUCAUGAUAAAUUUACUUGAGUGCUUCCUCGAUGCUUCAAAACUGGAAGAAGCAAAAGACUUUGCGUCUACUGCAGCAGUCUUUAUUAAAGAAAAUGUUCCAGAUAAAUACCCUCAAAUAUUUUCUCUGAUGGUAUAUCACAAACUAAUGAAUACUUCCCAGAUAGAGACAGAAAUAAAAAACUCCAUCCAUUUUUCAGUUAUUUAUAAAAUGCAGAUAUUAAAAUUGCAAUGGGACACAAAUGAAUUUCCAGGUGAUGCCACCGCGGAUCUGAAUUCUGUAUAUCUACUUUUGAAACAAUAUGAUGUACCUCCAGCGUCCGUUCUCAGUGUGAAGAUUCCUUUGAUUCUGGAAUUGGCUCGUUUUUCUAUGAAAGCAAACUGCAUUGAUCUUGCAUAUGAUUGUAUACUUGAUCUGAAGAGAGCUGGCAUUACUGAGCAAGGGAAACUUAUUGAAAUAGAAUGCCUGGAAUGUGAAUAUAAAACUAAAAAAAUUGGCCCUAAAAUUGUGACUUAUACCAAAGGAGUCGUUGAGGCUCAGCUGGAAUUGAUAAAAAAUCUUGAAUUAACCUUAAAACGUGCCAUUCAGUUGGGAGAUCCUGAUGUGAUUCAGGUUGUUUGUGCAACCCUGUGGAAUCUGUGCUUACCACUGCUACAACAAAGUUUGCACAACCGUGUGCGAAAGCCAUUGAUAGCGGUUGCUGACGUCCUUGAAGAGAUUGACAGUUUGUUGAUUUUGUUGCGUUGCCAAGUUCAUAUGGAAAUAGCUCGUAUUGAAGAAGAUGGCGACAGAAUAGAGACUGCCAUGGAACAUUUGCAAAAAGCUAUACAGUUAGACAGCAGUGGGCAGUAUCAGGAGCAUCUAAGAUUGAUUUUGAACCGUCUUCGCUUGUGCACUAUGCUGUACAAGUCACCUGAGCGUCCAGAAGAUCGGGCUGUAAUGAUCAUUGAGCAGGCUAAAAGAGCACAGCAGAAGGAUGAUGUGAGGAAAAAGAGAUCCCUUCUGGUAAAUGCAGGUCUUGCACUAGCUCCUGAUUCGUUUCAGAUAGUCCUCGACAGUGAAAAUGAAGCUAAAGUUUCCACAGGUAAAAUUGGGAGUCAAAUAAGCUACCUCUGUGCAAAAGCAGAGCAUCAUAUUAAAAGUGUGGAGAAAGUUGAUGUACAUUGGAAACACUUCAGAAAUGAAAAUAACAGAGAGAGAAUUAUACUUUGGGCAGAUUUGGCAAAAGUGGCACGUAAACAAGAAGUAUGGGAUGUCUGCCGUGCAGCAUGCAGAUUUUGUCUCUUCUGUGAUGAUACUUUGUUUAGGAAGGUAACAAAACCUAAAAAAGUUUUAGCACAGAAGAAGAAAGCUAGUAUUGCCGUAAUGGAUGAUGGUCAAGGUGACAACUUACAAGGAGAAGCUUUACUACCUGCUCAAUCUUUCUCUUUUGAAAGAGAUUUACUCAGAAUAUUAGCAGAAAUAAGAUUCAUUAAUGCAGAGGCAACUGUUCAGUUAUUAAGAUUGCAGGGAAUUGAGCUAAAUGAUCAUGCUGUUCCUCCAAAAGAUACCAGCCAAUAUCAUCCAGGACAUCUUUCAUAUCUUCCUGAAAGUGAUCCAGAAUGGGAAACAUACAGUUUAUGGAUAAACCAUUUAUCUCGGUACGCUAUGGAAAACUUCCAACGUGCAGCCGAAAUAGGAGAACAAUUGAAUGAAGCCUGGAUUGUUCACAAUGCUGUGGUGUAUGUCUUAAACUACAAUAGACAUCUUAUCUCUUCAGGAAGACAGAGAGAAAUUAUUGAGUAUCUGCAGACUCUCCUUGAAGCCACAAAGACCGUUGGGCACAAUGGAAGUGCUGCGGUUUUAUUGUCUUUAUGUAAUGCUUUGGCUCGAGGCUUAAUUCUUUGUUGGAUUCCAAAGCCAGAAGAUGCUGAGAAGGGAAAAAUAGAUGCAGCAACAGACAGAGGCAGAAAAACUGCAGCAAAGAAGCACAAAAAAGCAAAUGUCAUCCAGUUUCUUUCAGUAGAUCCGAGUGGAAUACCUGAUAUCAAAGCUGCCUUAGAGAUUUGUCAAUUUGCCCUAAAUAUGAUGGAUGGAAGCAUCCCUAAUGAAACAGUACCGGUUGCUGUGCAGCAGCAGAUCAUCGCUACAUGGGUGAAAGCAAAACAGUUAAAUCAGCAGCAGAUUGGCCAUAAGCUUUGGGCUGAGGGGCAGAAUAAUGAUGUAGCGCAAAAUCCUAUGGCAAGAAUUCUUGUUGGUCUAGAAAUGUAUUCAUGUAAUGGCUUGGAUCUCAUGGAUUUCACUGUUCCUAGCUUAUCUCAGUUAGUGAAAUUGGCUUUGGAAUGCAGUUGGUCAGAUUCCUUAGUGGAAUUGCAGACACUGACUCGACUUACAUAUUUUGCAUAUGUAUCCCAUGACUAUGAAAUAGUGAUGACUUGUUCCAAAAGGAUCCUGCAAUUACAUGAGAAUUUUUUCCAUGGUAAAGAUACUAAGAAAUACAAAAUGCCAGGCAACAGAGUGAGAGAAGAAAUGUUAAGCAUUGCUGCCUGUAUACAAGGAAAGAGUAUAAUGGAAAAUUUGGCUGGAAGAAAACAUUUGCGUGUAGAAGCAUCAAAAGCCUUUGUUCAGAGUGCCAGCUAUGCAGGUGAAGCCAGAAAUUAUUCCCUUGUGAUAUUUGCAGCUCGACACUUCUGGAAUAUAUGUUUGCCUUUGAUGGGUUCUCCACGUGACAGACAGCAGCUUCGAGAACCUACUGAAAUAAUUCUUAGGAGUAUAAUUAAAGCAGAAUCUAAAAAUAAACAGGAGAAGAAAGAUACGUUGCCUUUGCAUCAGUGGGUUACAAGGGAUUUUCAGAAUAUUGGCUUAUCAGUAGGAUGCUCCCUCCCAGGUGCUGAGGAAGAUCUGACAUUAAGAACCUCCUUAUAUGGGUUGUUAUUCCACAUCUAUGCUGAUAAAGCUGAUUGGGAGACAGCACUGAAAGUCCUGGGUGAAGCUAUUCAGGUUUUGCCUCAGACAAGACACAAGCUGCUGAUUUUUAAACACAUGGUUACAGUGAAGGCAGGAUUGGGAUACAAUUUUAUGAUGGAUAUUCAGAAAUUCAGAGAUGAAAGCGAAGAUUAUUUGUCACGUAUGUGGCGUCAUUUGGUAACAGUCUCCACAAAUACUGUUGGACAGUUAAGCUGUUUUCAAAAUGCAAUCACUGCUUUACAGAAACAAGAAAAUGAAUGGCAGAAAAUUGAUUAUCUGAUGGAAUUUGCUGGAUGGUUAUAUUGUAACCAGUUUCCCCUCAAUGAUGUUAUUAAACUUUUGGACUGGGUGGUAAAUCUCUUGCUACGUAUGAAAUUUCCUAUGCAGUCCUCACAAGAAGAAGAAGAUUUGAAGAUAGACAUUGGAGCAAAUGAUACCAUGGUCCAGAUUAAUUUGGAAGAUUUGAGCAAUAUUAAACAAUUGGAAGCUUUGUUUAGAACACAGACAUUAAUGGCUGUAGUAUCUGGUUGUGGUUCUCCUUUUCAUCAGCAGCACUGUUUGACAGCAUAUGCUUGUAUCGUCCGUAUCUGGCAGGUAUCGUUGUCAGCAUCAGAACCUACUAUAAAAAUGCUAUCAAAGUCUUCGCAACUUGCAACUCCUCAGAAGGUACAAUCUGCUAAGAAAGAGACCAACAAAAAGAAAGAGAAACAAGUUGAAGUAUCUGCUGUGAAAGCGAAGCCUAGAGAGAAAAGAUCAGUUGAUGCCUUACCAGCAAAUGUGGAAGAAUGGGCUCAUUAUGACUGCCCCAAAGAAAUCAGAGAUGCUUUCAAACAGAAAACAAAUAGUUAUGGUAUUAACUGGGAUAAUUUCCCCAAACCUACUUGCACUUUGUAUUUUAUGGACCUUUUAUCUAAAGAACUACGGAAAGUUUCUUGCCCCCACUUGAUCCUUCCCAUCUUUCAGCUAGCUGAAGUUAUUGCUAAUGAAGUUGUGGAAUGUAGAAGCCUAUCUGAUCUCUAUCACCUUCGACUUGCCCUGAUAUGUUCAGACCUAAAACUCAAUCAGGCAUCUUCGUAUCAUGAGAAAGCUGCUGGAGAAACAUACAUUAGUGACUUGGAGCAAGCAAUGUGUAGGCAGGAGAUUGCUCUGAAAAAAGAAAAAGAAGUACAUGCCAAGACAGAAGAAAGAAAAACGUUUGUGGAAAAUGCUCAGCUGAAUAGUAGUAGGGAUCAGAAUAUCCUUACUUCAAGUGAAAAGUUUUUUGAGUUAAAUGCAGUAACAGGAAAAGGACUGAGUGCACUUUCUUUCCCUUACCUGUGGAUAGAAAAAGCUGAAGUACUGAUUCAACUAGGCUUGUAUCAGCCAGCAAGACUUCUGCUUUCAGAGGCUCAUGCUGCAACUCAGGAACUGGAGGCCCUGUAUGAUGUGUCGAGGUGCUUGUACUUAUUUGCUGUCUUGAAUAACCUGGAAAGAAACCAUGGCCAAGCUAAAGCACUCCUUGAGAAAGCACAGCUUCUAGGAGGAAAUGAACAGUUUUGGUACAACAGUACUCUUAGUCUCAUAGAAGCAAUUCUGGAGGAAGAGGGGGAAGGAAAACAGACUGUGGCCUGUGAGAUCCUGGAACACACUGCAAAUGUGUUCAGAUCUACUCUACUGAAGAGACCUAACAGACAGUCAGAGUUGGGUUUUAUGAUUGCAUCCCUUGAAGCCAGGAAAAUACUUAUUCAAGUACAUUUUGCCCAAGAUUGUAUGACAACUAGUGAUGAUUCACAUCAGUUGCUAUAUAUGCUACAGGAAUCAUACAAUAAACUAGUUCAAAUUGAGAAGGACUUCUUUCAUUAUGGGCAUAAAAACAGCAGCGCUGAGGUACUGCUAGAAUGUGCCAAUAUUCACAGGAUGAUGGCCAAGCAGAAAACAAAUGAAGAAGAAAAACACGGUCACUAUCUCGAUGCUUAUGACUUAGCUCAGAAGGCAGUAUCCAAAACAGAGGAAUUGUUUCAUAAUGUUUGUAGCUUCUUUGCAGUUGAUGAGACCACAAAUGUUAGUAUCCCGUUAAUGAGGCAGCUGGCUAACAGGAAGAUAAAUCUUGUAGAAAUUCUUUUGGAUGUUUUUCAUCUUGUUAUUACUGAGAAGAAGCGUAAAAAAAUGGGAGAAGCAUUAUCUUGUGAAAUUGUGGAGGCAUUCAUCAGGGGAUCUAUUGAAGAUAAUGCAACAGAACAGGAGUGGAAGCGUAUGGAAUGCACUGUGGGUCACAUUAUGCUGGCUCAGUUAGCAAAUGUACAGAGUCUUUGUAAAGGCUGUCCCGACAUCAGCUCCAAAUGCCUGUAUCUCACUGGAAAAACUCUUCAUUUACUUGCCAUUAAUGUAGAUCCUGUACAUUCAGAGGUUUACUGGAAGCCAAAUAUUGUGGAAGACGCUAAAUCAGACAUUGAAAAAAUGACUUCAAUAGAAUACAGUGAACAGGAAGUGACAGGCAGCAGUUUGCCGACGAAUAAACAUCAAAACGAUGAGUAUAGGAGGAAGGUGCAGGAAUUAAAGAAGGAACAUAGAUUGGCUCAGAAAUAUCUUUCUCAGUCCAGUGAAGCUUUACUACAGUGUAUGAGUGUGGCAUUCAGUCAUAAUAUCACUGACGUACUGGCUCAUGCUAGUUUUGAAGUGGUUGAAUGCUUUCAGCAAUUGGACCCAGUUGCAACUAGCCAGUUUUUGGCACUUCAUCAGAGCUGUUCAGCGUCUCUGAUGAUGAAGAGUAUCCUUUCAACAGCUACAUCUAACACCAGUAGCUCUCAGCUGGCGGCAUUACUGAAUCUUCAGAGUAAUUUGAAGCAAAACAGAAACACAAGUGAUCUUCUAAAAAACGUGGAACAGCAACUGACUGCUACUUCAAUGGCAUGGAGAAACCUCUGCAUUCCCGUUGAACAUUUUAAUAUAAUGGGUGAAUUGCCAUCUAAUUUCUACAUAAUUAUUCUCCACCAUUCAGAAGACAGAUCAAAUUUGUACAGUUCCUUGAUUGAAAUGCCAAAAGGAAGUACUGCACAGGAGAAAGGAAAACCCUCUCAGCCAGCUGUGCAAGCUAAAGUCUUUCGAUUUCCUGUGAAUCCUGAUAUGUUUUGUCUUUUGCUGGAAAAAGUGCGUCUUUACAAGCAGCAAAAGAUGAAGAGUCAUCUUAGACAGACUGUUGUUCAAAGCUCCCAAGAGCGUGUCUUCAAAACAGAUGUGACUCCAACAGAGAAAAUAGGUGGCAAUGGACAUGAUCUGACAUCAGAUUUCUCUGAAAUACUAGAAAUGAUGGAAGAAUAUCUGAAACCAGUGUUGUCACAGCUUGAUUUUUCUGACACCAGUAAACAGAGCACAUCAGUUUCAGCACCUGAAUCAGGAAAAAAAAAAGGGAAAGAUAAGGACACCAAACACACUAGAAUGCAGGCUACACCCGUGGAUUUAGGAUUGUGCGUGGUAUUACUAACAGAUCUAUUACUUAUGGAAUUGCCUUUGGAAGCUCUGAGUAUCUUCAAAGAGGAAGGAAUCAGUUCUGUAUCCAGAGAUUUUUCUCUCCAGAUUCUCUACAAUCGAGUACAUCUGGCUGAACCAGAGACUGAAGUCAAAACAGAUGUCAAAAUGUCUAAAGAAACAAAAUCAAAAGCUCAUCAGAAAAAGAAUAUUAAAAUGACACCAGUUAAUCCUGAUUUACCCUCUAAUUGCUUGCCUGUUGAUACUCAUAAUUUUAAAUAUAUUGUGGACCCCUAUAAUGAAGGAAGCGAGGCAGAAGCCUUAAGUCCUUCUCAAAAAAUAAAAGAACUGCUAGAAAAAUACCGUGACCUAUUUACACCACAGUGGGAAGGAGUUAUUGGCAAUGUACGGACUCCAAGCCAAGCUGAGUGGGAGCAGCUGCUGACAAACUGCAGUGCGUUUCUGUUCUAUGGGAUGGAGAGAUUCAUGUCCCAUAUUUUACUCAACAGACUGGUUGCUAUGAACAUCCCAAAAUGCCAUUUGAUGAUACUUCUAGAUCUGGUGCGAACAAAGAAAAGUUAUCAAAGAAUUACAAGGUCUGAUAUCCACAAAAGCUGUCUACAUAUUGCUCUAGAGGAACCAACAGAGACAGCAGUGCUGCUUAGCCUUGCAGGUGUUCGUUCUAUAAUAGCCAACCAGUGGUACACAACCUUGCAGGGGAACGCAGAAAGGCUAGAUAUUUUGUCAGAGAAUUUGUUGAGCGCUGGCAGAACAGCUGGGCAGACGGUCCAUAUUCUUCGAAAGAGGAAUACUCACAGAGAAAGGGACUCCAUUAAAAUGGAAGCAGAUUCUCACAGUUCUCCUGGAGAAAAAUCAGAAGAGACCAUCCCUGCAGCCUCAGAUCUUCCUACAACUCAUCCAUCGUUUUUUAAUUGUGUGCUAUAUGGUUUACCCAACGUAAUUAUUAUGUAAUUUAUGUCAGACUUUACAUCCUAAAAAUACCACUGCAAUGUGUGUAAGGCACACUUCGCGUUAAAGGUGUGGCAAGUGCUUAUUUCUCUUGGCCUAAGGAGGAGUGACCUUAAGAAAAUGUAUGUUUUGUUGAUGGACUGCUUUCUGUUUCAGAUGCGGACAGUUUGAUGUUAGAAUUAGAACAUUUAUUUUAGAAAUUUCAGUUAGUACUCUAAGGUUUUCUAAACUCCCUUGAAAGAAUCGGGUGAGUACCAACACGUCUUAAGGGAAAUUAGACUAGUUUUGGGGCAUUGAUGCAUGAGUGAGAUGGAAUGUAUCAUUGUCACUGCUUCCAUUUGGAAAAAGCUUUCCUUGAUGUGUUUUAUUUUUACAUCAAAGUUUUGUCGGUAGCAUAGCUGAAAAAUUUACAAAGUCACCCUAUUCUGAGUGAAUUGAUUCUUAACUUUUUCUAUAGCAGUAAUUGCAGUUUAAUUAGAAAAUACGAUAGUAUUAAAUAAAUGUUUAAUAAGUUUUGCUUUCUUUAUUUCCCUAUAGUUUUCCUGAACAAAAUAUGAAGAUCUAUUAAAUUAUUCCAAAAUCCCAAAUACGAUAAUUACAUGUAUAGAUUUUAUAACAAGUUCUUUUAAUCAACAAUGCGUUUUAAAAUACAUACUUUAAAACUUUUUUUGGUAGUAAUAACAGUAGAAAUAAUUGUAAAACACUCUAGCACCUAUGGGAAAAAACAAAGCUUUGAUCAUUAUUGCAGCUAAAACCAGUUUAAGAGUCUCUUCCAGUAAAAUGUGAUGUCUGUUUCCUGUGAUACACUUUUUGUGUUCCAGCUAAAGCAUUAAAAUGGCACUGAAAAGAUACUGUUCUUGCCUACCUGCUGUGCUAUAGUUAAUUAGAACCUGAUAAGAGUUAAUUAAUUAGUGCAGCCCUGUUGGAGACUUCUGGAAUCUGCUGGCCGAUGAGAAGCUUGACAUGAGCCGGCAGUGUGCGCUCACAGCCCAGAAGGCCAACCAUGUCCUGGGCUGCAUCCAAAGCAGCGUGGCCAGCA